AUGAAAACGGAAAUUAGAAAUAAUAAAAACAAAAACUUUGAACAAUUUAUUAAAAACUUACAUCCUACGCAAAACAUUAAAACUAUUUAUCAAAAUCUAAACAAACUUACGAAUAAAAAUAAAUUCAAUAUUUACAACAUCGUUGAAGACGAUUUAAAAAAUGCACAAGACUAUCUUAACUCUAAAUUUGAAUUGGUAUCUGACACAGAACAAAAUAUAGUCAAACCUGCUACCUUUAAAAUAUCCCAACCCCAAAUUGUAAAUAAAAAGACUUUAAAUAAAUUUGUAAAUAAUAACCCCCGAAAAACCAAAAACAAAAACGAAUAUUACAACCGAGAAUUUGACAUAGAAGAGAUAGAAGACGUUAUUAAAAAACAAGCGACAAAAAAUACGGCACCGGGAAAAGACAAAGUUAAUUUUAAAACCAUUUCCAACUGGCCAUCUCAUAUAAAAGAAUUUUUUAUGGGAAAAAUUAACGAUGUGUGGAACGGUGAAAAAAUACCAGAACGGUUAAAAGAAGUUGACAUUAAGACAAUACUAAAACCCGACAAAGACAGACACAACAUAAAUUCUUAUAGACCUAUAGCACUCAUGAAGACACAACUAAAAAUCAUCAAUCAUUGUAUCAAAAAAAGACUCAUUGAAUUCUCUGAAGACAAUGAUGUCUUUAAUGAAAGAUGUUACGGAUUUAGACGAGACAAAAACGCUAAACUUUGCAUAAACGACCUAAUUAACGACAUAAAAGAUUCUAAACAAAAAUACGACCACGUUGCGGUUAUAUUUUUAGACAUUAACAAGGCAUUCGACUCUGUAAACAUUGACUUAUUAAUAGACACACUCAUAAAACUUAAUUACCCUUACAAAAUUAUAGACUACUUACGACACACACUUAAAAAUAAAACAAUGACAAUAACAACACAAGACGGACAAAAAGCAAGUAUUAAGACCAGCUUAGGACUUCUUCAGGACGACCUAGCUAUACGAAUAAGAACAAUGAAUACGGACACAAAAUUAAAAGAAACACAAAAAAAUUUAAAUAAAAUUAUUAACAAAGUUAAAAAAUUAAACCUAGAAAUUAACAAAGACAAAACAAACAUGAUAAUAUUUAAAAACAAAAACGACCUAACUAACACUAAAUUAAAAAUUGAGGACAAUGAAAUACAGACUACUACACAGACAAGAUAUUUAGGUAUCUUAAUAGACAACAUCUCGUACAAAGCACCCUCAAACGACUAA